AAAUGGGAAGGAAGGAAGGGAGGAAAAGAGCAGCGGCAACAAUCUAUGGAGGAAAACUUAUUUUACUAUAAUAUUGGAAUACAAGAUAACACAAUAUAUACAAUUUAAUUGAAAUUGAGAUUAAUAAAUCAGACAAGAUGAGAGAGAGAGUUCCCGGGACCGAUUCAAACCUGAAAAGCUUGGAACGGCUAGGAAAGCACCCUCCAGCACCCACUGCAAGGCAGCAAGAGAGUGCCCCCCCCACCCGGAAGGGUCAGAUCCCGUGACUGCUGUAAUGUACAGGGAUAGGUAGCUGGGAUUGGGGCAGUGACACUUUAAUGCCCCGUACACUACAUGAUGUUUUGAUGUGGAAUACUGAAACCCAAAAUAAAAACAAACAAACAAACAAAAAACAUAGAACCAUGACAGCCACCUGUGAUCCAGCACACGGGAGGCGAUGGAGGAGGACGUGUUGUUCGUGCCCGGAGAAACACAAACCUUUUCCAGCCAGCCAUGCUGCAUUGCAAAGGAGGAUCUACAGGAGGACGGGGCGCUCCCGCAGCUGUUGUGCAGCCUCCUGUGCUCACAAAGAGCUCCUCGGGUGGCAGCUGCGAUGGAGGAGGAUUCUGUGGUGCCUCCGGUGUUGGAGCAGCAGGCAAGAAAGACGCAGCGUCCUUGCAGAAAGCGAGCUCUGCGUUAAGCAGUGCAAACCCAGCUGAUGACUACAGAGAUGAACAGCAGAGACUUGUUGACUGGGUAGCAGAAGACAUGGUGACCUGGGAAUCUUCUGGACAGUGGAUGUUUUCGUGUUACUCUCCUGAGAAGGGCAAGCCUAAUGUUUCAGACUUUCCAGAGAUCUCCCCUGAGGAGCUGUGCCUGGGGUAUUACAUCUGCAGUGCCAAGGGGGGCACAGGACUCUACAUAAACGCUGUCCAUCAGUAUGUGCAACAAUGGAGAAACAGGCUGCAGGAGCUGAAGGCUUUAAAUGCCUGGAGAACAGCAUCGAUGCUACUUUGGAGAGAGAAAGUGGUCACUCCACCAUCACCUUCCCUUGGAUUGGGAGGACAGUAAGCCCCAAGCACUGGGUUCCCAAGCUCUCCAGCCAACAGCAGCAGCGGUGCUGCCCGCUUGUCCUUGCAAAUCCCAGCGUCUCAUCUGGAAGCGCUCCAGCUGUGGGGAGCUCUGCUGCUGCCUCCAGUCCUCCUGCCCUCGGGGGGACGUCCUCCCACAGCUGUCCCCAUCCUGUUGGGACUGGGGAUUCUGCAGCUCCAUCCGCAGCCCACUCCUCACUUAACGCUCCUGGAACGGCCACUGGCCGUGGACUUCUGGGCUUCCGGGCCCUGCAAGCCCUGCUGCGGCAAAUCCUUCCAGCACCACUCCGCUUGCUGUCGCUGCUCCCAAGGCAGCUACAGAACCUUCUCAGCCAGGCGCAAGCAGUGCUUUGGCCGCACCGACUGCCGGUGCCUCUGCACACAGCGCCGCGUCUGCGCCUCCUGCAUCCACACGGCAUCAGAGCAGGGCAGUUACACACACCGAGGAGGGAACUAACGGCCGGAGAGCUGGAGCAGUUCAGAGCCAAGAAGUUCACGCUAGGAAAGGUCCUUCUGAAGCCACCACCAGCAGACCUUUUGUAUGAUAAGGAUUUAAGUUAAUUCUGAAGUUGUAUGCCUUAAUUCCAUAGGAUUUAAGUUAAUUCUGAAGUUAUAUGCCUUAAUUAAAUAGAAAUAAAUAUAUU